UUUAAAUUGGCUAAUAGUCAUACUUUAAUUUUACAAUGUGGAAAGGCUGCCAAGGUCAUGGUCAUUACAUCUCCAGAAAAAUGAUGUUCACCUUAAUUUUGAUUUUCUGUGUUUAUUCUUCACAUGGUCUUAGUUGCUCUUGGAAGAGUAUACCCUGUGAUAUUACAUUAUCUAACACCUCUGUUUAUUUAGACUGUUCAAGAAGAAAACUAAACAUAGUUCCACAAAUCUGUCUGUGGAACACCACUCAUCUCAACCUGAGUAAUAAUAAAAUAAGGAUAGUGACAAAGAACUCCUUCUGCAAUCUCCCCAAUGUAACAUUCAUCAACCUCAAGGGCAAUGUAAUACAGAAUGUUAUUGAUAAAGACAAACUCUUUUUUUCUGGUUUAGACAGACUUCAAGUAUUGCUACUUGACAGUAAUCGCAUCACAACUGUUCCAACAGAUGUUCCACCUGGAUUACAAUGUCUAAGCCUAAAUGGAAAUAACAUUAAGAAGGUUGGAAUUUCAGACUUUGCAAAAAUGAAAAAUAUCACAGAAUUUAAUUUGAGUAAUAACUGCUAUCAUGAAAGACGUUGUCAAGGGUCCUUAAAUAUUCAGAAUGGAACAUUUUCUGAUUUAAAUAAUCUGACAAACCUUAGUUUGUUAGAAAACAGACUGCAAAAGAUACCACCAUAUUUACCCAAAUCUCUCCUAAAACUUUAUUUACACCUGAACAUGAUUGAGCAUGUUGAAGAAUCCAAGCUGAAACACUUAACAAAGCUAAGAAUUCUUGAUUUAUCUGGAAACUGUCCUAUUUGUUACAAUGCUCCUUUUCCAUGUAGUCCCUGUAAAACAAAAAAUAAUGCAAUGCAGAUUGAUGCACAAGCUUUUUGUCAUCUCUCCCAACUGGAAGAGCUACGAUUAUCAGGAAAUUCAUUACAAUCACUGAAUCCAUCAUGGUUUAAGAAUCUUGCAAGUUUAAAAUACUUAUAUCUUUCCUUCAACUUUCUGAUUAGUGAAAUCGAAAGUGGUGGGUUCUUUUCUGUUUUACCCCAUGUGGAAGUCAUUGAUCUAUCAUACAAUAACCCACUACAAACAUUUUCUAGAAGACUAAAACUCUCAGAAGGUUUUUCACAACUUACGUCACUGAAAACCUUGCAUCUUGAGGGCUACGUGUUCUACACUCUUUGUGAAAGAGACCUGAAACCUCUCUUUAGUUUAAAAAACCUAUCAGUUCUAAAUCUGGGGGUAAACUUUGUCCAGCAGAUCAAUCUUUCUCUUUUUGAAAAUUUUCAAAAUUUAUCUGUCAUUUCUUUGAUUGAGAAUAGGCUUACAUUCACAGGGAUGAAAGCCAGCAAACAGGAUGGAAUAUGUAUUAGCGAUGAAGACUCUGAGGAAGAACAUCACAGGCCUAAUCCCUAUAUUCACAGAGACACAGACUUCCGGUAUUAUCCUCCCUUCAUAAAACCCGAGUGUCUGGCAACAGGGACAGUGUUGGACCUCAGCAGGAACAACAUAUACCACAUCAGUUCAGAGGGAUUUCAAGCUGUGGGAAAUAUUACAUGUCUUAAUCUUUCCAAUAAUGUCAUUAGUUCAUUUUUCAAUGGCACUGAGUUUAUUCAGUUCUCAAAACUAAAAUACUUGGACUUGUCAUAUAAUCGAGUCUACCUAUGCUUAAAAUCUGCAUUUAGUGAAUUAAAGGAGUUGGAAGUUUUGGAUUUAAGUCACAACAAACAUUACUUUGAGAUAGCUGGGGUAAGUCACACUCUAGAAUUCUUGAAUAACCUUGAGCACCUAAAAGUGCUCAAUCUCAGUUGGAAUGAAAUAAAUACACUAAGUAACAAGACCCUGAAUAGCAGCUCUCUUAACGAGUUACAAUUUCAAGGGAAUCGACUCGACAUUAUGUGGAAGAAGGACAAAGGUUUCAAAAGGAUUUUCACAUUUCUUACAAACCUAACACAUCUUGAUAUAUCACUCAACAAACUCAAACAAAUCCCAAAUGACAUAUUGAGCUAUUUUCCCCCAAACCUAAUAUACCUCAACAUGAACAGAAAUCAACUUGCUUGUUUUUAUUUUGAAAAUCUUCAAUCUUUACCUAAUUUGGAAAUACUGGAUUUAAGCAAGAACAAGUUGCACUUUACAAACGAAAGACUAUCAGUUCAAACAAGUUCUCUGAAAAUCUUAGACUUGAGCCAUAACAUGAUCUCUACACUAGGAGUCAACUUCCUCAGGAAUGCCACAAGCCUCUGGACUCUGGAUCUCAGUUUUAAUAGACUGGAAAUGAUCAGCGAGACUAUGUUGCGGUUAUAUAAUGGAAAUUAUAUAAAAACACUGUACCUGGAGAAUAAUCCUUUCAGUUGUACAUGUGACCUACUGGACUUUGUUCUAUGGUUGGAGAGCAGUGAGGUAGUGAUUCCACAUCUUGCAACAGGGGUCUUAUGCAACUUACCAGUCUCCAAUAAAGGGCAGCCCAUGAUCAACCAUGAUCUUAAAGAUGCCUGCAACGAUGACAGAACUGCACAAAUACUCUAUAUUUUCUCAACUACACUCAUUCUUGUCACAAUGUUUGCUGCCAUCACAUUACACCAAUUCUACUGGGAUGUGUCCUAUGUCAUUAUGCUCUGUAAAGCCAAACUGAGGAGCCACAACCUGAAGAUAACAGAGUGCAUUUACGAUGCAUUUGUUAUGUAUGACACCAAAGACCCAUGGGCUUCUGACUGGGUCCUGAAUCACCUGCGAGUUGAACUGGAGGACAGGGGCGAGAGAGUCCGGCCCCUGUGUCUGGAAGAACGGGACUGGACCCCUGGGUCAUCCAUCCUGGAGAACCUUAACCAAAGUGUUCGAUGGAGCAGGAAGACGGUGUUUGUGCUAACAGAAGGCUUUGUAGUCAGUGCAAUUUUUAAGGUAGCAGCUUACCUUGCUCAGCAGAGGCUUCUGGAGGAAGGUAUGGAUGUGAUGGUGUUAAUCUUGUUGCAACCUGUGCUCAAGCAUUCUCGAAUCUUGCAGCUGCGCCGGUGCUUGUGUGGAAAUAGUGUUCUCGAAUGGCCCAGGAACCCUUCAGCUGAGAUUUGGUUCUGGCAGAGUCUGAGGAAUGCCAUCAGACAUGAUAAUCAGGGCAUGCAAAGCAAGAUGUUCAACAACUAUUUUAAUAGCUAAUAAAUUGCUUUGUAGUGAUGAUGACAAUCAUUUAAUAUGAUUACACAUAAAACAGACAUUGCUGCAAAAUUGUAAAAUUAAAUGUUAUGGUCCAUUUUGCAACAGCAAUUGCAUUUUGUACCAUUUUUUUUUCUUAAAGUGUUUUGUGUUAUAAUUGUUUUACUGCUUAUUUUCAGUUCCUGUAUUAGUUACAUUUGCAAACUGCCAUACAAUGGCUUCUGUACACAUAAAUGUUUGCUUCCUUCUGAAACUACAAUCCGCAUGACUUCUUUGAAAAAUGUUGAAGAAUCUGUUCUUGUUAUUUCCAUAAAGCUACUGACAUCCUUUUAAGGACAAUUAUAGUCUUGGUGAAACUCAUCUUGUGCAAACUCCUAGUGUUCCAUAUAGUGCCACUUACUCAAGCUCUGUCCUUCUCCUUUUUCAUCUUUUAUUCAUAAUGUAGAGGAGUAAUUAAAUAUUCAUGAGCAUGGCAAUGAAACGAAUGCAGAAUGAAACACUAGGAAAUUAAACAGUGAUUACAGGGGUAAAGCUUUGGAAGGUCAGUACUGUAGGUGUUACCAAACAACCUUCUGUUUUGUCAGAGUUCACCCCAGAACACCUGACAGUUUUGUUCCAGCAAGUAGUGUUGUCCACUGUGUAUAAGAUUCUAAGAUGCUAUAUGUAAAAUAAUAUCAGCAGCCAUAGCUGAUGUUAUGAGCACUAAUUGUACUCUGUAACUCUCUCAUGUGCUUGUAAGAGUGUGGAUAUGUAUCAGCCUUACCCAUUUAUUGUCAUGUUCAGUGCUUCUUAAGUUAAUGUAAAUUCAUUAUAUGUAUUAUUGAUAUAUCCUUUGUUGUCCAUCAGUAUUAUUAUUAAAUUUCUGAACCUCAAUUA